CACAAUUGUUUGAAUUUAAAUAUUUGUUUAAUUUUUUUAAAUAUUUAAUUUAAGUCCAUCUUCACAUCCGAUUCUUCCUUCUCUUACCACCUCUCUUUCUCUCUCUUCCCUUUUUCGCUGGAACUGUUUUCUCUCUCUCCCUUCUGGGCUUCUAGGGUUUGUCUCUCAGUCCCCGAUUCCCGCUCUAUUCGAUCGGCGCCGCCGAGAUUCUAGAUUAACUUGCGGCAAUGGAGGUUACCCAGUUGCUCAUAAACGCUCAGUCGAUUGAUGGAAACGUGCGUAAGCACGCUGAAGAAAGUCUCAAACAGUUUCAGGAGCAAAACCUUGCAGGGUUUUUGUUGUCACUUGCUGGAGAGCUUGCAAGCGACGAGAAGCCAGUAGAUAGCAGGAAAUUAGCCGGUUUAGUCCUAAAAAAUGCUCUUGAUGCUAAGGAACAACACAGGAAGUAUGAGCUCGUCCAGAGGUGGCUGUCUCUUGACAUGUCAACAAAGUCUCAGAUCAGAGCAUUCUUGUUGAAGACACUCUCCUCCCCUGUGCCCGAUGUUCGUUCAACUGCAUCUCAGGUCAUCGCCAAGGUUGCAGGUAUUGAGUUGCCACAGAAGCAGUGGCCUGAGCUUAUCGGAUCUCUUCUCUCGAACAUUCACCAGUUACCAGCUCAUGUCAAGCAAGCCACUUUGGAGACUCUUGGGUACCUAUGUGAAGAAGUGUCACCUGACGUUGUAGAACAGGAACAUGUAAAUAAGAUACUCACGGCCGUUGUUCAGGGUAUGAAUGCUGCUGAGGGAAACAAUGAUGUAAGGCUUGCAGCAACCCGUGCUUUAUACAUGGCUCUGGGAUUCGCCCAGGCGAAUUUCAACAACGACAUGGAGCGUGAUUAUAUCAUGAGAGUCGUGUGUGAAGCAACCCUUUCCCCUGAGGUGAAAAUCAGGCAGGCGGCUUUUGAGUGUUUGGUAUCAAUCGCUUCCACAUACUAUGACAAGUUGGCGCAUUAUAUGCAAGAUAUAUUCAACAUCACAGCCAAGGCUGUAAGAGAAGAUGACGAGUCUGUUGCUCUACAGGCGAUUGAAUUCUGGAGUUCGAUUUGUGACGAGGAGAUUGAUAUCUUAGAAGAAUAUGGGGGCGAGUUCACUGGGGAUUCCGAUGUUCCUUGCUUCUAUUUCACCAAGCAGGCUCUCCCUGCGCUUGUGCCUCUGCUGUUGGAGACUCUUCUUAAGCAAGAAGAAGAUCAGGAUCUGGAUGAAGGGGCUUGGAAUAUCGCAAUGGCUGGUGGAACAUGCCUCGGUUUGGUUGCUAGGGCAGUUGGAGAUGACAUUGUACCUCAUGUCAUGCCUUUCAUCGAAGAGAAAAUAUCAAAGCCUGAUUGGAGAGAGCGGGAAGCUGCAACUUAUGCUUUUGGUUCCAUUUUGGAGGGACCUUCUGCUGAUAAGCUGAUGACAAUUGUUAACGCAGCGUUAACAUUCAUGCUCAAUGCUCUGACGAAGGACCCAAGCAACCAUGUGAAAGACACAACUGCAUGGACCCUUGGUCGGAUAUUUGAGUUCCUUCAUGGUUCAACCAUCGAGACGCCCAUAAUUACUCAGGCAAACUGCCAGCAGAUUAUCACAGUACUGAUCCAGACCAUGAAAGAUGCACCUAAUGUUGCGGAGAAGGCUUGUGGGGCUCUAUAUUUCCUUGCUCAAGGCUACGAGGAUAUUGGUCCCAACUCUCCAUUAACACCCUUCUUCCAGGAAAUAAUCAAGUCCCUUCUAGCUGUUGCACACAGAGAGGACGCCACUGAAUCACGCUUGCGAACCGCGGCGUACGAGGCUUUGAAUGAAGUUGUCAGGUGUUCGACUGAUGAAACAUCAGCCAUGGUUCUGCAAUUAGUACCUGUGAUAAUGAUGGAGCUUCACAAUACUUUGGAAGGGGAAAAGCUUUCGUCCGACGAGAGGGAGAAACAAAACGAGCUUCAGGGACUUUUAUGUGGAUGCUUGCAGGUCAUCAUACAGAAGCUGGGAUCUGAACCGACCAAGUAUUCUUUCAUGCAGAAUGCAGAUCAGAUGAUGGUACUCUUCCUGAGGGUGUUCGGUUGUAGAAGUGCAACCGCACACGAGGAGGCCAUGCUUGCCAUUGGCGCUCUCGCUUAUGCAGCAGGUCCCGAAUUCGCCAAGUACAUGCCUGAGUUUUACAAGUACUUGGAAAUGGGUCUUCAAAACUUUGAAGAGUACCAAGUGUGUGCUGUUACUGUGGGCGUUGUUGGGGAUAUCUGCAGAGCAUUGGAGGACAAGAUUCUACCUUACUGCGACGGGAUUAUGACGCAGCUUCUGAAAGAUUUGUCGAGCAACCAGUUGCACCGAUCAGUGAAGCCGCCGAUAUUCUCCUGUUUUGGCGACAUAGCACUUGCUAUCGGAGAGAACUUUGAGAAGUACCUCGUGUAUUCGAUGCCGAUGCUACAGAGCGCAGCGGAACUAUCUGCUCACGCCUCUGGAGCUGAUGAUGAGAUGACGGAGUACACAAACUCACUGAGAAACGGGAUCCUCGAGGCUUAUUCAGGCAUAUUCCAAGGGUUCAAGAACUGUCCCAAAACCCAGUUCCUGAUUCCUCACGCACCCCAUAUCCUCCAGUUUUUGGACAGUAUAUACAUGGAGAAAGACAUGGACGAGGUGGUGAUGAAGACAGCGAUAGGGGUGUUAGGAGAUAUAGCGGACACACUAGGGAGUCAUGUGGGUGGUUUGAUACAACAGUCAGUGUCGAGUAAAGAGUUCUUAAACGAAUGUUUGUCAUCUGAAGACCACACGAUUAAAGAGGCAGCUGAAUGGGCCAAGCUUGCCAUUACCCGUGCCAUAUCUGUUUGAAGUGGCUCUCUCUUUUUUCUUUGCCUUUGCGAGAGAGAAAAAAAAAAAGUUUGAGAAAAAUUCCUUUUGAGUUUUAGUAAAGUCUGCAUGCAUCUCUGGGGUGGGUUUUGAGUCGGGGAGGGUUUAGAGCUGCAACAGCCGAGUCACAUCAGCAUCAUCAUCAUCAUCAUCAUCAUCAGUUUCAUUUGCAUCAUCAUCAGCAUUACUGGGUCAGUCACAGAGUCAUGGAUUGAUGAGUUUUGGGUAAAUAAUGAAACUGGAGAGGGAGUCGCGGGUGAAACUUUAUCCGGGGAAGGAAAGCCCCGGAGGAGAAGGAGGAGGAGGAGUCGUUUUCUGGUGGUUUUGGGGGCAAAAGUUUUAUGGGGACAGUCACAAUACAUUCAGCAAAAUUGUUUUUUUUCUUUCUCUCAUAUGUUUCUUCUUCAACCCCUUGAGGGAUGGUCUCGGGUUUUUAUCAAGUGGGGGGGCAUUAUUAGAGGACAAUCCCUUGAUUUUUUUUUUUUUUUUUUAAUUAUUACUUUGGUUAGUUGCAGUCUUUGCAUCAUCAUUUUGUCACUUUGUCUUUUGGGGGUUUGUAUGUUUGAUUAAAAAGCAUAUUCACAUUUUUAUUUUUAUAUAAAAAAAAAGUUUCACAUGGUCUAUUCUCUUUCUUGGAUGCAGUUUAGGGGUUUUGCAUAUAUACUGUGUUUUGUUUGUGUAAUGAUCACAUUUUGUGUUAGCUUAUAUAUGGUGUCAUGUCUUUAGGGUCAGAAGAUGUCAACAUCUGUUAUAUUCUUUUAGAUUCCAUCAUUGAUUUGGCUCGAACUAUAAGGGAAAGGUCAGAUGUUAAUAGGAGAGAACGUUUUUGCCUUUGCUCUUGUUCCAAAGAGUGUCAUGUUAACAAGAAGAAUGCUCUCACGCUACUUCCAAGUGUUAAUGAUACCGAUUUUGAUUGUUUUUUUGCGUUUAUAUCUGUAUUCUUUUUCGAAUGGUUCUUCUUUUAUUUUAAAAAGAAGAUAGAUUACUUGUUUUUGUUGAAAAGCCAAGCGAGUGAAUUGUUGAAUCGAACCAGAAUUUUGUGGGGGUGAUUAAGAAGAUAAUUGCUAAUUGUAUUUGUGCUC